CGACGGAAAACCGGGGCCUACUGCACACGCUAACACUUCCAGGCCUGGAGGUACUUUUUAGCAGCACCGCGGCAAGAGGAGCAGGGGAACAAUCUUUCCCACCUGCCCACAUGCCAGCUAUGGGUUGCUGCUCACAGAAACCGCAAACAGCAGCAGGCAGCAGCGACAUCGGGGCCAUGCUACAGAGGCCCACACAACCCAAAACUGCUCCUGCGGAAUCCCCAUGCUCCACUACCCAUGCUCACCCACCUGAGCAUAUGGACCCGAAGACUUCACUAGACACUCGAGCAGAGCAUCCACUGCAGCCUGAAAUCUUUACCGACAUGACACCAACCACCAG